UGGGAAAAUCUAAAUCCAAAAGUCAUCAUAGUUGGCCAAUGGGAAAAUUUAAAUCCAAAAGUCAUCAUAGUUGGCCAAUGGGAAAAUCUAAAUCCAAAAAUCAUAGUUGGCCAGUGGGAAAAUCUAAAUCCAAAAGUAAUCAAGGUUGGCAAACAGGAGGAUCUAAAUCAAAAAAUCAUCUUGGUUGGCUAAUAGGAGGAUUGAAACCUAAUAAUCCUUCUAAUCCCCAAAUCGGAGCACUAAGGCCCAAUAAUCUUCCCAGUCCUCAAAUGGGAGGAUUUGGACCCAACAAUCCCCCUAAACCUCGAAAAUUUGGGCUCAAUAAUCUUCCCAAUAAUCCAGCUAGUUCACAAAUAGGAACACCUAGUCGGAAUAAUCCUCCUGGUCCACAGAUAGUAGCACUUAAUCCCAUUAAUCCUCCUAGUCCUCAAAUAGGCGGAAAUAGACCCAAUAAUAUUGCUAAUCCACAAAUAGCACCACCAAAUCCCAUUAAUCCUCCUAGUCCUCAAAUAGGAGGAGGAUUUAGAUCCAAUAACCCUCUUAAUCCACAAAUAGCAGCACGUAUUCCAAAUAAUCCUCCUAGUGCUCAAAUAAGUGGAUUUGAACUUAAUAAUCCUGCAAAUCCACAAAUAUCAACACCUAGUACAAUUAAUCUUACUAGUCUUCUAAUAGGAGGAUUAAGAUCCAAUAAUCCUCUUAAUUCACAAAUAGCCGCACCUAGCCCGAAUAAUCCUCCUAGUCCUCAAAUAGGAGGACUUGGACCGAAUAAUCCUUCUUAUCCACAAAUAGCAGCACCUAGUCCCAAUAAUUCUCCUGGUCCACAAAUAGCAGGAUUUUUACCCAAUAAUCCUGCUAAUCCACAAAUAGCAGCACCUAAUCCCAUUAAUCCACCUAGUCCUCAAAUUGGCGGAUUUAGACUCAAUAAUCCAGCUAAUCCACAAAUAGCAGCACCUAGUCCCAAUAAUCCUCCUAGUCCUCAAAUAGAUGGAUUUAGACCCAAUAAUCCUGCUAAUCCACAAAUAGCAGCACCUAGUCCGAAUAAUCCUCCUAGUCCUCAAAUAGGAGGAUUUAGACCCAAUAAUCCAGCUAAUCCAGAAAUAGCAGCACCUAGUCCCAAUAAUCCUCCUAGUCCUCAAAUAGCAGGAUUUUUACCCAAUAAUCCUGCUAAUCCACAAAUAGCAGCACCUAAUCCCAUUAAUCCUCCUAGUCCUCAAAUUGGCGGAUUUAGACCCAAUAAUCCAGCUAAUCCACAAAUAGCAGCACCUAGUCCCAAUAAUCCUCCUAGUCCUCAAAUAGAUGGAUUUAGACCCAAUAAUCCUGCUAAUCCACAAAUAGCAGCACCUAGUCCGUAUAAUCCUCCUAGUCCUCAAAUAGGAGGAUUUAGACCCAAUAAUCCAGCUAAUCCAGAAAUAGCAGCACCUAGUCCCAAUAAUCCUCCUAGUCCUCAAAUUGGCGGAUUUAGACCCAAUAAUCCAGCUAAUCCACUAAUAGCAGCACCUAGUCCCAAUAAUCUUCCUAGUCCUCAAAUAGGAGGAUUUAGAUCCAAUAAUCCUCUUAAUCCACAAAUAGCGGCACCUAGUCCCAAUAAUCCUCCUAGUCCUCAAAUUGGCGGAUUUAGACCCAAUAAUCCAGCUAAUCCAGAAAUAGCAGCACCUAGUCCCAAUAAUCCUCCUAGUCCUCAAAUAGGAGGAUUUAGAUCCAAUAAUCCUCUUAAUCCACAAAUAGCGGCACCUAGUCCCAAUAAUCCUCCUAGUCCUCAAAUAGGAGGAUUUAGACCCAAUAAUCCAGCUAAUCCAGAAAUAGCAGCACCUAGUCCCAAUAAUCCUCCUAGUCCUCAAAUAGGAGGAUUUAAAUCCAAUAAUCCUCUUAAUCCACAAAUAGCGGCACCUAGUCCCAAUAAUCCUCCAAGUCUUCAAAUAGGAGGAUUUAGAUCUAAUAAUCCACCCAGUCCUCAAAUAGGAGGAUUAGGAUUUUAUAGAGGAAAAAGGUCCAUUGACGCCAACUUCGCACUGCCUUGCACGGAACAAAUACAGCUUCUGCUCAUAGUCGAUAUUACAGCGAGCCUCAGUAGCACAAACUGUGAACAGCUUCGUGACUUCAUGACAGAUUUCCUCUCUGAUUUCAAAAUCUCCAACGACUCCUUUCAAGUCAGCUUGGUCUACUCUGGCCCGAACGUCUCAGAGAUAUUCGACUUCAACAAGUAUUCCCAGAACUCAGAAGUUGUUUGGGCGAUCAACAGUACCCAAUGCCCUGGCUAUGAUGGGCCGUCUAAACUUGCUGAUGCCUUAAGAUACGGUCGGGAAGUUUCCUACAAAGCUACUGGUCGAAAGAAAGUUGCAGUCGUCAUAACCAACGCCUUAACUGACAGCCAAGCAGAGCUAGAGUCCAUAAGACUCCAGAUUUCCGGUGUCAAGGUCAUCUCUGUUGGAGUCGGCGCGAACGUGACUCAGGCCUCACUGGCGUCACUCAGCUCGUCAACACGGGUGGCCUUCUUCAGGGUCGACUACUCUUUACUUAGCACGCUCCGGAGAUCGUUGUUCAACGCAGUGUGCUCUUAACUUCUCACACAGAGAGCUCGAUUAUUCUCACGCAGAUAACAUCUCUUUUAUUUAUUAAUGAAGCGCCAUUAAAUAAUUAUUUCUUAAUAAUUUUGAAUUGUUUAUUUAAAAAAUUUAAAUUUUAAAUUUUUAGCUAAACAAUGAAUACCUGUUCCUGUU